GUGUAUGCGCUGCAGUGCUGUAGCUCCGCCCUGUUCGGUGAGUGUGUGAUGGCUGACGCUCUGCACGUGUAGCACCCAGAGAGUCAGCAUGGAGGUCGACACCGCAGCCAGCGCCACCGAGGGAGCUUUCACCAGCGUGACCACCAAGCGCAGCAGGAAGAGGAAGGCGGCCGAGGAUGGGAAGGCCAUGGAGACCGGGGAGAAGCCGAGAAAGAGGCCGGAUUUUCCCCCUGUGUCCGGUGACAGUCUGAUGGGAGGCAGAGAAGAAAUGAGAAAAAUCCCCGUGCCUUCUCACAGAUACACCCCACUUAAGGAAAACUGGAUGAAAAUCUUUACACCCAUUGUGGAACAUCUACAACUGCAAGUUCGCUUCAACUUAAAAUCAAGAAAUGUGGAAAUAAAGACUUGUAAAGAGACAACAGAUGUUGGUGCACUGACAAAAGCUGCUGAUUUUGUAAAAGCUUUCAUUUUGGGAUUCCAGGUUGAGGAUGCCCUUGCUUUGGUUCGACUCGACGACCUCUUCUUAGAAACAUUUGAGGUCACAGACGUUAAGCCUUUGAAGGGGGACCAUCUUUCUCGUGCAAUUGGAAGAAUAGCUGGGAAAGGAGGAAAGACUAAGUUCACAAUAGAAAAUGUCACAAAAACAAGGAUAGUUCUUGCCGAUUCAAAAAUACACAUUCUAGGAUCAUUUCAGAAUAUAAAGAUGGCAAGGACUGCAAUAUGCAACCUUAUCUUAGGAAGCCCACCAUCGAAAGUGUAUGGUAACAUCCGGGCAGUGGCCAGUAGAGCAGCAGAUCGCUUUUAAUGCUAAAGUCAGAGCACGAGCAGAAUUCUCCAGUGACUCGCCAUAAUGGUUCUGCAGUUUUUAAGAGGCACAUUUCAAGCCUUUCAGGAAUUACAUGCCAAGACUAUCAUGAUAUGAUGGAUUUUUCCUAUCACCCGUCAGGAAGGUGUUAAUGGACUUCGCCAACUUGACUUCAAGGAUGAAAGCCAGACUUUUGGCAUUACAUUGUUUCAUUCAGAUUAUUACACGGUGUUAAAAGACUUUCAGCCAAUGGACCCUUCUAAAGUUGAUCUUUAAUGCAGCAGCUGUAAAAAAGAAUCUCAAAUAAAUUAUGACUUCCAUAAUGUUA